AUGUUUGCCCGGAGUAACUCGAGCGAGCGUGCUUCGCCCAAAAAGGCCACUCCGCCGUCGCCUUCUUAUAUGAGCAGCGAGCAAUUUGCCGCAUAUCUUAAAGAUCUACGCGCCAGUCGACUUAACAGGCCUGGUGGUGCACGUCCACUGCCCGCUUCGAAGCGCGAUACUUCUUGUACUACUGCUGCCAGUCCCUCGCCUAGCAGCCGGUCAUCUUUCACACAAGCCCCUCGCCUCUCCGAGACCGCCUCCUCUCCCAUCCAAAAUGGCACUUCAGAAGCGAACAAUGCAUCCAGCCCAACCGAGCUGUCUCCUGGCCGCAGCUCCGUGACCGCCAGCGUUGGCUCCAAGUACUCGAACGUGACCCGAGGUAGAGAUUACUACCCAGACCGUCCAGCCCGGCUCUUGAAGCCAUCAGAGGUGGUACCUUCUGCUACCUAUAUCGAACGCGGUCAGAGAUGGAUGGAAAAGGAGGAGGCUGUUUCUUUGCGCAAGGCUAUGGAGGACAUGGAUCUAAAGGGACACAGCAAGAACGCCAGUGGUGGCCCGCUAAUUAGGCCGGAUGUCGGCCCCGGCUCUGGGAACGAUGAGGCUCCGGAGCAAACCGAGGAGGAAAGGCGUCUCUACGAAGCCGCGCUGGCCGAGGCAGCUGAGUUAGUAUGGCAACACGAAAACCCCGGGAAAGAGAGACCGCCCGAGCCAGGCACCCCAUAUCGGUAUAAGCCUCACUUGCGCAAAGACAGCUACGCCCAUGCCCGCACAGCCAGCGUCAAAUACGGCAGCGAUGUGGCCCCCACUGGUCUAGCCAGAGAUACUAGCACGUACUCAAUGUCGGGAAGUUCGACGGAUGGCGAAGAAGGACAAGGGUCAAGUCGAAGCCCAGUAUCGCCAGCUUCAGCUCGCCCGCUGUCUUUCAGGCUGCCGGGGACACCUAGGGCGAGCCAUGAGCGUGUGCGAGAUGGCUCCCCAGAAUCGGGUAACUCCAAGUCGUACAGCACCUUUUCAGGUAGUAGCGGUUACCUACGGAGUGGUUCGAAGAAGGACAUAUUUGGUGAGCCCCAGAAGCCGUUCCCAGGUGACAAGAUUUCGGAGGAAUCAGAAGCGCGGUCAUCUUCUUCUAGCCUGGAUAACUUUGCACAAAUCAGGACUCCUGAGCAACUGGGAGCGAAACCCAAGAACCCCCUGAAUCGCGUACAGUUUGCCCCUGAAACGUCCCCGGCAGCGGAUGGCGUUGCCUCGUCCCCUCCCAAAGACGGAUCUAGGUACGAAAAGUAUGAGAUUCACCGUAAUCCUGUCACCCAAUCCCGCAACCCUCAGUACACCACCAACGUACGCCCCGCUUUGCCUUGGGAAAGAAAGAAACCGGUGCAGGAAGAGGUUCCUCGAAAGCACGGCAUGGAAAUCCGCAGCGAUGAGAUACGGCAAGCCACAAGCAUGAAGCUGAAAGACCGCAGCGUCAAGCUACCUACGCCGUCUGCCGUCAGUGACAAUCCCGGUCGACCCAUCGUAAGCUUUGACAGACAAUGGAAAGCUCCUGAUGAGGCUGCUGAUGACACGCCAGAAGGACCGUCGAGAUUCGGCAAGAGUGACGACCGCUCGACGCCACUCGUCCCUGGACGUUUCCGCAGCCAGCAGUCGCAGCAACCCCAAGAAGAGCCGCAGCAAACGCAACACCACCAACAACAACAACAACAACAACAACAACAACAACAACAACAACAACAACAACAACAACAACAACAACAACAACAACAACAACAACAACAGCAGCAGCGAGCACUCCCACAGCAACCCCAGCGACCACGACAGCAGCCGGGCUCGACGCCGAACGUCCCUGUUAUCCCUGUUUCGAAUGGUUUUUCAACCCCACCGUCGUCUUCGUCGCCAACAAGACGCCCACUCCCAGUCCCAACCCCACCCAGUAUUCAAAUAAAUCCACCGCCUCCUUCAUCUUCUAUCCCCUCAAUAUCUGUUCCCUCCAUCACUGUCUCGGAGUCAGCUUCAUCAUCACGAUCUAACAUCCCUCAGAUUGUCCUCCCAGGCGGAUCUCACGAUGAUGGACCUAGCAUUCCAGUAAUCGUGACGCCAGACGAUAAAUCCAGCACCUCCAACAGCAGCAGCUCUCGACGCCCGCUCCCCACCCCGGGAGCCGUAGGUCGACAUAUGCCAGCUCGGCCACGCAGCCACUGGUCACCGGCGCCCAAACCAGCAGGCAGCCGCGCCACGGCUCGCUGCCACGAGUGCGGCGACUUCAUUGAAGGCCGCUUCGUCUCGCUGGCUGGGAUGACGGAGCGCUUCCAUCCGCAGUGCUUCACAUGCUACUCAUGCGGCACGUCGCUCGAGGCGCUCGAGAUCUCUCCAGAACCGGAUGAGCACCGGGCGGCGCGGCUCGAGCGCAUCGCCCGGCGGACCGCAGGCGAACAUUUCCCCGAAACGCCGGGCCAGACCAUGGCCGAGGACGGUGACGCGCGUCUCCGGUUCUACUGCCACUUGGACUGGCACGAACUGUUCGCGCCGCGGUGCAAGCACUGCACGACGCCCAUUAUGGGCGAGCACGUGGUGGCACUGGGCCACCACUGGCACUUUGGCCACUUCUUCUGCGCCGAGUGCGGGGACCCAUUUGAGCGCGGCAUGACGCAUAUCGAAAAGGACGGUUAUGCGUGGUGCGUGUCGUGCCAGACAAAGCGCACCGAGCGCAGGGCGCCCAAAUGUCGCAAGUGCCGGAAGGCCGUCAUCGGACAGUACAUUAGGGCGCUUGGCGGCGAGUGGCACGAUGAGUGUUUCCGCUGUGCCGACUGCGGCGGCGGGUUCGAUGAUGGACAGAUAUUCCCUAGGGAAGGGAGGGCCGGCACGGUGCCGGGAUGUCAUAAUGUGGUUAUUCGGGGUUGCCUUGGACUUGUCAGCGUAGCCUACCUGAUAGGCAUUAUGGACGUCAUGGUUAAAUCAGCCUUGGAAGAUAAGCAAGGAGUUGACGAUAUCCCACAGCGCUCGGGAACGACGAUUGAAGCUGGGCAAAUUGGAGAUGAUGGUAGAGGAGAGUAA